AGAGAUGCGGAGCUUUUGAGGAGCAGACACAUCCAGACGACCUCUGAAGCUCCACAUGUCUCCUCACUCUGACCGAACAGCUUUGUAUAAAAGAUUUCAGCAGCUGUUUGAUUUGUGGUGCCAUUAUAGCAUAUUUCACUCUGAACCUCCAACCAUCAGCGAGUUCUUAACAGACCCUGCAGCUCCCUGAAGUGAUUGAACAUGACCUGUCAGACUGUGGGAGCCAUCAUCCAAGACCUGUCAGUGCCCUCACCGCGGGGUGUGGAGGGACUGGAGUCCAGGCCUCUGGGAAUGGCUGAGUCUUUUACGGAUGAGGCUGUUUCAAUCCUGACCUCCACAAGCCAACUGGCCCGGACCCUCCUGGGUCGCACCUUUGUCCUCAAACACAAAGAGAGCCUCGCCAACGCGGAAGCUAAGGCUGGUAGCAGCUGCGACGAAGAUAAUGGCAAUAAUGCACGCCGCAAACGGGAGUUCAUCCCCAACGAGAAGAAAGAUGAAGGCUAUUGGGACAAGAGAAGAAAAAACAACGAGGCAGCCAAACGGUCCAGAGAGAAGCGGCGGGCCAAUGACAUGGUGCUAGAGAGGAGGGUCCUGGGACUGCUGGAGGAAAACGCUCGACUGAGGGCCGAGCUGUUGGCCCUCAAGUUUCGCUUCGGUCUGGUCAAGGACCCGUCUGAUGUGACCAUCCUGCCGCUCUCUGCACCCAUAUGUUCUCAUCCACCACCCAGUACAACACAUUACUACCAGCCUCACACUGACGGACCCUCAUACCUCAACACACAGCAAAGGGCCAGCGCCCACCACAUCCAGACUCACCCUCUGCAGCAGGCUGCCAUCUAUGGCCCAAGGGGAGCCGGGCCUCUGUCAAGUCACAGCGUAUCCGAGGAGUCCGGAGUUUCCACAUCAUGUAGCUCAAAUAUGGGCAGCCCUGUGUUUUUUGAUGACACGUUGAGUGAACGUGAAGGGCCUUCGCCAAGGGAGCUGGUGGAGGAGCAGCAGGGCUACAACACCCACAUCUAUCCCCUGGAGGUCAACGGGGGUCAGUAUGUAAACAAACAGGACUCACCUGAUGGUUUGAAGAGCCUCCCGCACAAGCUCCGCUUCAAAAGCCCCAGUGGUAGCAGUGACGUAGGGGAGAUGCCUCUUUCCUCUGAUAACAGACACAGUGGACCACCUGUGGCUACAGUGGGGCCAAACAUCCAGGUUAGGAACCACGAACAGGCAGGAUGGGACAGUCGGGCAGAGGGUCAGGUUCCCUGGUCCAGGGAGGAGCCCAGCGGUGGACUUGGACAGCAGUAUCAGAGUCCAUCCUCUGGGUCUUAUAACUCCUCCUCUCUGCAGAUCCCUAGGGACAUCAAGUAUACAACAGAGGACAUCAAUCUGAGGUCGCAGAUCAGCUGUUUGUCUCAGGAAGUGGCUCAGCUCAAAAGGCUCUUCUCUCAGCAGCUGCUCUCCAAGAUUGCAUGAAACCUGAACAGAGGAGGAUCUAAUCUAGGCUAAAGCUAAUAAACAGAUUUCACCUCACAUCUUUCCAAAAGAUUGAUAUCACAUUCUGCUGAUUUCCACAGUGCAGCAUGGCACCGAUGCAAACAGCCACCUCUUAAAUGCCAAACUUUAUUUACAACACCUGUAAAUAUCCAUCUGUGAUGGCCAGUACACCACUAAGAGAAAAGACGUUUAACUUUAAAAAAUAAUGCUCAAUAUCUGAAAAACUGUUAAAAAAGGUGAUUCAUCGUGUCCUCGGAUCAUCCUGAUUUCUGGGGAUUUGAAAGACGCUUCACAGGUCUGAACACAGAUCAGUCACAGACACUGGGAGAACAUGUUAGAUCCUAAGCAUGCACACAGUUAUAACUUGUAGCACCUCAGUCUCACCCUGGUCACCACAAAUGGGAACAUUAACACAUCUGUCCACAUGUCUCUUCUUUGAGACAUCAUACAUUUGUUUAUCCUUUCAGCACAAUAUACAGUACGUUGUGUAUAACAUUAUCUUGUGUUAAACGUGUGAUAAAUGUGAUAAAUAUGACUAUUGGAUUGUACUGUGGUUUUGUGUUGUUCACUAUAUCUGUUUCUGGUUUAUCUUAUGACAGCAAGGUACAUAGAAAUUGUCAUCAUCACUGUGCAGAAUUGUAACUGAAGUGAACUGUAUUUGAAAAUAAAA